CACAAACCAAACCACAGAGGCGCAGACCACACGACCACACGCAGCCGGCUCAACACAAACGGGUUAGCCUUCGCGUUCAAGCUAGCUAGUGCAAUGGUGGUGGCCAUUGAGGAGCCGUUCCCGGCGGUGCGCAAGUGCGACGCGUCGCGCCGCGGCGACCACACCGUGGUGUCGGACCUGGACGGUACGCUGCUCCGGUCGCGGAGCGCCUUCCCCUACUACGCGCUCGUGGCCUUUGAGACCGGCGGCGUGCCGCGCCUCGCGCUCCUCCUGCUCCUGGCGCCGCUCGCCGGGUUGCUGUACCACGCGGUGUCCGAGUCGGCCGGCGUGCGGGUGCUGGUGUUCGCGGCGACCGCGGGCGCGCGCGUGGCGGACAUCGAGUCCGCGGCGCGCGCCGUGCUGCCCAGGUUCUACGCGGACGACGUGCACCCGGACGCGUGGCGCGUGUUCGCGGCGUGCGGGCGGAGGUGGGUGGUGACCGCCACGCCCAGGGUGAUGGCUGAGCCGUUCCUGCGGGACCACCUCGGCGCCGACGCCGUCGCCGGCACGGAGCUCGCGACGUGGCGCGGGCGCGCCACGGGGCUGGUGGACUCGCGCCGGGGCGUGCUCGUCGGCGAGAGGAAGGCGGAGGCGCUGAGGGAGAUGGUCGGCGACGGAGACGCGCCGGAGGUCGGGCUCGGCGACCGGAGGUCCGACUACGCCUUCAUGAGCAUUUGCAAGGAGGCGUACCUCGUGCCGCGGGAGCCGGUGGACGCCGUGGGCGCGGACAAGCUGCGGAAGCCGGUGGUCUUCCACGACGGCCGCCUCGUCCAGCGCCCGACGCCGCUGGCCGCGCUGCUCGCCGUGGCGUGGUACCCCAUCGGCUUCCUGCUCGCGUGCGUCCGGGUCGCCGCGGGGUCGCUCGUCCCGAUGCCGUGGCAGUACCACGUGUACCGUGCGCUGGGCGUGCGCGUGGUGGUGCGGGGCGCGCCCCCGCCGCGCCCGAAGCAUGCCGAGGGCCGCACGGGCGCGCUCUUCGCCUGCUCCCACCGCACGCUCCUGGACCCGGUCUUCAUCUCCGUGGCGCUCGGCCGUCCCGUGUCCGUCGUCACCUACUCGCUCUCCCGCCUCUCCGAGUUCCUCUCGCCGAUCCGCACCGUCCGCCUCACCCGCGACCGCGCCACCGACGCCGCCGCCAUCAGGCGCCUGCUCGCCGGGGGCGACCUCGCCGUCUGCCCCGAGGGGACCACGUGCCGGGAGCCCUUCCUGCUGCGCUUCUCGUCGCUCUUCGCGGAGCUCAGCGACGACAUCGUGCCCGUGGCGACGGAGUGCCGGAUGAGCAUGUUCCACGGCACCACGGCCAGGGGCUGGAAGGGGAUGGACCCCUUCUACCUCUUCAUGAACCCGCGGCCGCAGUACACGGUGACGUUCCUCGACAGGCUGCCGGCGGAGCACACCUGCGGCGGCGGCGGGAGGUCGAGCCACGAGGUGGCGAACCACGUGCAGAGGCUCAUCGCCUCGGCGCUCUCCUUCGAGUGCACCGGCUUCACCAGGAAGGACAAGUACCUCGCGCUCGCCGGCAACGACGGCGUCGUCCGGCCGAACAAGGGCACGUGAACGUGAUUGCCUAUUUGCCUUGUCCGGACAAUGAUUUGAUGAUAUAUUUGUACAUGGCAAAUCAUUGAUAAACAGAUAUUUUAUUUCGAUUAA